GUUUUGUACUCUACAACUCAAUCAAACAGAAACAAAAAUUGUUAAAGUUACUAAAUAUAAAUUGUGCGACUGAAUUUAAAUUUACAAUGAAUGUACCAAUUAAUCCACUUGAUAAAAUGCAUCACUUAGAUGACAUAGAAAAGGAAAUAAUAUUAUGUUUGCAAAGCGCUGGUCAAGCUAUUCAAGAACUUAGUAAGGAAAAGUCUUCUCAGAAAAAUGCAGAGACACAUACUCAGCAAUACAUCAAAUCUCUUGCAAAUAUAGAAAAUCGACUAUCAGAACAAAUUAUGUACUUAACCCAAGUGUCGACUGGUCAACCUCACGAAGGCUCCGGUUAUUCUUCAGCUAAGGUAUUGCAAAUGGCAUGGCAUCGUAUACAGCACGCUCGAUCACGUAUUCGUGAAUUGGAGGAAACCAAAGCUAAGUUUACUCAUGCAGCUAGACAACAACAACAGCAACGUCAACAACAGCAACAAGCUGCUGCCGCAUCUACUACAACAGAGGAAGAACCAGCACAAACCGAAACUCCAGGAUCACCAAGUUCACAAACAACAACAACUAUUAAUCCAUUGCCAUCCACAUCACAGCCACCAACUCCUAUUCCUGAAAGUAAUGCCAGCAGCAGCAGUCACGAUACUCCACCACCUUUAGAGGCGACAACCACUGGGAGUUUAUGAAUAUAUCCGGAUUUCGAUUUAUUAGAAUUUUUUUAAAUAAAAAUUUAUUUUUUUUAAUAUGAAAAAUGUAAAUACGCUCACAAUGUAUAAAAACCUAAUAUACUGUUUCAUAGAUAUUCACACGUGCUCGCUAACUCAGUACAUUAACGAAGUUUUAUGCACAUUUAUUAAAUUUAAGAAAAUGUUUAAUUAGAAGCGUUUAGAUGUUUCUCA